UCCACUGCACAGAUGAUGUAUCGAGUCUGCCUUUUUUAAUGGGAAUAUGGGGCGAGAGUUCGGGCCUUUUACAAUAAAUAAUGCAGAAGCGCUUCGUGGAAAGUGCGCAAUUGUACGUAAUGCUGUUCCAAGAUACGUCCGCCUACUAAUAUGGGUCGUGCACAAUUAUCAUAUUUUAUUUUCUUUGCUCGUAUCAUACCCUCUAUUUUUGCAGAGGACGCUUCAAAAGGUGCUAGAGCAUUAGACAAGAAAUGCCUGGUGGAAGCAACGGUAGAAAACUGCGAUACCAUUCUACUAAGCUUCAGCUAUAGCAAUGAAACAAACGCAUGCGAGAAGGGCUUCGUCUGCGCGGACUGUCCUAACAGGUUUGAGACUGAACUUGAAUGCGCGACUGCCUGCCCUCAAAAGCCUGGAAAAAAAGGGAAAGGAAGGAAAAGGGGCAACUGCAGAUAUUGGCUGUUGUAUGGUGGACGCUGUCAACAUAGCUGGAUGGAAUUCAAGAAAAACAAACAGGGAAUAAAGCGCCGACUGCUAUUCUACACGGGCUGUAGGCGGGAUUGGGGAAUUUUAUAUGUAUACGACUUCCUUCGAAAAAAAUGUCAUGCUGUGAAGCGUCGCCCGACUGGAGAAGAAGAUGUUUUCAACGAAGGCAACGAAAGGCCUGAAGGACAAAAGAAGGAAGAGCCCGAAGUACCUGCCAAAGGACAAACACCCAUUCCGACAGUUCAGGAUCAUCAGACAACGCUCCCACAGCAAGCUCUACUUAUGUAGAGUGAUAUCUAAACUAAGUAGAAGAGGUGACAUGGAGAAUAAGCAGCCCAUAUUGUAUUGCUGUGCCAUUCCUGUAUUGAGCCUUAUGUUAUAUAGCUUACGCCUAUUUCGAUAACAUCAGGCAUCGCUAUGUUCGGAAUGAUUUUAUUUUUAGUGAAAAGUUUUACCCUGAUAAUACCAUGCUGUCUAGCAAUAUUAUCAAUUUUUUUCACUUCUUUAUACUAUAUUGAUAGGCAGCAACCGUUCUCUUAAACUACACAGCAAUUAUUCUCCUGUAGAAGAUAUCUCAAUGCGCCUCUACUACAUACAUAGACGAAAAUGAGGGAGUGGCUGAAACAAGAGUCAUUAAAUACACCAAAAGAUUGGAAUAUAUUAUACGUAGACAAACAGCACUAUUACACUACUGCAAAUAA